UAUAAUCACAAUAGUUAACGAGUGAUUCAACUAUAACCUCUAAUCUAACACACACAAACCAAACAAUUCGAUUGUCACCGAGUUUUUUUUUUUUUUUUUUUUAGGUUUUUCUAAGCUAUACCCCUAAGGUAUUCGAGUUUCUAAGGUGUACUCACGCUUUUUCAAGUUUCUAAGUUGUACCCCUCAACUCACUACCAUUAAUUAAUGGUACCCUCCUUGGGAUUUCCACGUCACCUAAAGUUAACUAUAAAUUUAAUAGAAAGAUGAUAAAAGGUAAGGAAAUGGUAGGAGAAAGAAAUCUUAGCCACCGGAACCCUAAUAAUGAAAACUGAAGGCAUGAAAUCACACUCUCAAAUAACUUUUAAACAACUAAUAAGGGUACAUUUUAGUAUUGAUAAAGAGUUGAAGGACACAGCCUAAAAACUUGAAAAAACAUGGGUACAUCUUAGAAACUCGAAUACUUUAGGGGUAUAGCUUAGAAAAACUUUUUUUUUUUGAACGCUUGGCCCAAAAUAAAAACCUUCUUCUAACACGUAAAAACCUAGGCUCUCAGUCCAUAUUCACAAAUUACAGAGUUUCUCACAACAUUCUAUCAUCUCAUCAAAAUCAGCAACUUUAUCCUCUCAAAAAUUUGUAAUCCAAAUUUUGCAACACCAAAAUCCCAACCCUUUUCUGAAUUUCAAAAAGAAAUUCUAAAGUAAUGUCACAAUCCAUAAUUGGGGCAAGCAGUAUAACAUUCCUGAGUGCAGUGUCAUGCAACGCAAAGGGAGGAACAAGCUCCAAUGGCAAUGGCAAUAACAAGGGCAAAACAGUAAAAGUGUUGGAGAGAGAAAAUAAGAAACAAAAAAAUGGUGGGUUUGGAGAUAAGAAGAAGAAGGAGCCUUUGUGGCAGUGUGUUAAACAAUGUGGGGCCUGCUGUAAGCUUUCUAAGGGUCCCAGUUUUGUCACCCCUGAAGAAAUUUUUGAGAACCCUUCUGAUAUUGAGCUUUACAAAAGCUUGGUAGGUACAGAUGGAUGGUGCAUCCACUUUGAUAAGAGCACGAGGUCAUGCUCAAUUUAUGACGACCGGCCAUAUUUCUGCCGUGUGGAGCCAGAAGUCUUCCAGAAUCUGUAUGGAAUUACCGAGAGGAAAUUCAACAAGGAAGCUUGCAGUUUUUGUAAGGGCACAAUCAAAUCAAUUUAUGGUGCAGAUUCGGAAGAGUUGGAUAGGUUCAACAAGGCUAUAAGAAGCUGAAAGUUCUAGUGCCAAAAGCCUGAAAUGAUGUUGCCAUACUAUGUGAUCACGAGAAUACAAGUAUUUAUAUAGUUUUGAAAGAUUUGCAAGAAUGGAGGCAAUAAUCUGCAUUUCACUCUAUGGUACGGAAGAUGAGUAAAGUUAAGGUUGAUUAUUUGAGAGUGCAGGCUGCUCUCUGAUGAUAUAAUUAAUGCUGCUUUCUGGCCAGUGAUGUGACUGAGCAGCAUAUCGAUUAAUUAUCUAAUGAACCGUGUAUAUAAUUUCCUACAAUCAUAGACGCUGCUUGUGAAAAGCUGAAGAAUCACAGUGGGAUAGACAGCAUGCUUAAGGAUCAAUACGUGCUUUAGCAUAUAGUAAUAGGGAGCAGAUUAUUCUUCCGAUGCAAUAUAUAUGAGUAUCGAUUUUGUUUGGGUCAAAAUGGCAAGCUGAUGAUCAAUCUUAUUCAGUUAUGUCUUCAGUGUGUGACUGUAACAGAUGCUGCUAGACUGUAAUAUUUUUGCCUUUAUUUUAGGAAUAUUACAGUCUUGCAAAGACAUCAAUGGAAGCUAAAUUUUCAAUUUUCUAAGCAUUGGUGAUUCUGAUUUUGACCUGAACCUUUU